AUGAAUAUAUUGGAGAUGGAUCUGUGGAUGUCGACGGCACCGCCGACGAAUUCGACGAAUCUGAUGAUGUCGCCGCUGAUCGAAGAGCCUCCGAACAAUUGCACAUUCUACGAAUGGUCGCGGAAUCCAGUUCACGCCAAAUUCUUCCGAAUUUUCUCUAUCAUUUCUGUGCUAACGGUUCUGGUGGUGGUGGUAGUACUGGGAAAUGCGCUAGUUAUUGCGGCCGUGCUCCUUCGGCGGCGGCUCAGAUCCGCUACGGGUCUUUUAAUUCUUUCGCUAGCUGUUGCAGAUCUUUUGGUGAGGCAUUUCAUUCAAAGCAAAGUCAUGUUAAUUUUUGCAGGUGGGUAUAGUGAUCCUGCCGUUCAGCAUCGCCAACGAGGUGCUGGACCAGUACUGGAUCUUUGGCGAGAGCUGGUGCACGAUCUGGCUGACGAUGGACAUCUGGAUGUGCACGGCGUCCAUCUACAACCUCGUUGCCAUCUCCAUCGACCGCUACAUCGCCAUCAUCAAGCCGCUCAACUACCCGAUGUUGGUGACAAAGUUCCGGGCCAGAUGCACGGUAGCCAUCGUCUGGAUCGGCAGCUUCAUCAUCUGCUCGCCGAGCUUUUUCCUCGCCUCUUCGAUCAAAAAUAAAGACACUCCGUGCCAUUGCACCCCGGCGAACGCCGGCCGGGCAUACGUCGUUUUCUCGGCCUCCAGUAGUUUCUAUAUUCCAAUGAUCAUCGUCGUCUUUGUCUACUUCCGAAUCUACAUUGCCGCCCGUGCAGCCACCAAGAGCAUUUACUCAGGUAGAAUUUACUACUUUACAUUGUGAGCGCCAAAAAAUAUCUUUGCUCUUUGCAUCACGAUCAACAAUUAAAAAAAAGCUCGUUCCUUUGACCAAAAUACGCUCCAUUGAAAAUGCCUUCUCUUCUGAGAAAGCUGAAACAUGAACCCUGACAGAAUCGAUAUUUUAAAGUUCUUUUCCUCUAAACCAAAAAGUGUCCAUGGAGCACAUUUACAAAAACAUUUUAGCCAAACUUUGUUGACCAAUUCUUGGAGCCUUUUUUCGGCCUUUCGAUCAACCAGAGAGACAUUCUUCAGGCAUGAUGAGCGUCACGGCGACGGCCAACAAAAAGAACGCGACAACGAAAAGCUACUUGCUCAAUCACCCGAAUGUCCUGUCGAAAGACUCGGUUCCGAUGCUCCGCGUUCACCGGGGCUCUUCCGUCGUCUCACACGCCGCCCAAAACAAACCCGUUAAAACCAUGUUAGUUGUCCCGCUUUUAUUUUCAAUCGCGCUCCAUUCAACUAAGGCCUUUUUCCCGCAAAACAGAACGGAUGAUGAGUGCAGAAUAUGAGCAAAAAAAACGUUUCGGCGACGUCUGAAUCUUUCAUGACGCCUGAAAACUAAAUAAAUAUAUAAAUGAAGAGAGAGAUAGAAUUUUCCCUUCUUAUAAUUAAGAACGUAUACGCAAAACUACACGCAUAAUCGCGCACCGUUUAUUAUUCAAUACAGCGACGUUCUCUAGAGGAAUUUCCAUUCGUUUCCAGGAGUUUGAUCGCUGUCGACGUCACGAAUUGGAAUAAGUAAAUCUCGAAGUUGGAAACUGAUUAUUUAGCUUUGAAUAAGUCUAACUUCUGACGUUCCUUGAAAACCGAGUAUUCAUCACUUAAGCGAUGAAAUUCCUAGAAGUCGAAAGAAGAACAAAAAUGAGACUUGUUUUAAUUAAGAGUGAGAGAUUGAAACUUGAAACUGGAGAAAAAAGCGAGAUUUCAGACAUGAGAAUCGCUACCGACGCGAGGAUUCGGCGAACAUGGAAAGUGCGGCGGAUAAACUGAGAAAGUCCAGCGAGACCAACACCUCGGCGACCAACUCUCCGAACCUCGACGCAGCUCAGAAACGACGUCGUUUCACACAAGACGGGGGAAGUCCUAGGGCCGCUUCGAACCGCGUCGCCUCCAGCACUGCCAACAGAACUCAACAGAGGAUCAUCAGCUCAGAGUCUUCUGAAGACUCUUUUGGGUUGGUUCUCUUGCCUUUUGACUUUGUUUGACAUUUUUCUCGCAAUCCUAGAAGUUCAAUGUCUGCUUGUAGGUUGUACGAUUUAAAAUAUUUUCCAAAACGGAGAGCCUCAGAAGAUUUUAUUCUAACCAGAAAAAUUUCAGAAACCCCUCGCCACCGACUGAAUUGGCCACGAAUCAUCAGGACAACACGUUGCACCCGAAGAACGUCGAAACCAACGGCUGUCCGAAGAGCAUUCUGAACAGCAUCAAAGAAGACGUCAAGCCGCCGCCGACGCCUUCCAAGAAAUCGAUGAACCCACUGUCGAUGCUGAUGCGACGUGGGCAGAAGAAGAAGUCCAGCGGGGCCUAUGAGAAACGGCUUUCCCUCGAGAUCAAAGCCGCCAAGACGGUGGCGAUCGUCACGGGUUGCUUCAUUUUCUGCUGGCUUGGCUUCUCGCUCGUCUACGGCCUGGAGAUCAAGCUAAACGACGUCGUCUGGUCGAUUGUCUUCUGGUUGGGUUAUCUGAACUCGGCGCUCAACCCCGUCAUUUACACCGUUUUCAACCGCGAAUUUCGGAUUUGCUUCAAACGGCUUCUGACGUGCCAUCAUCUCAACCAUCCGACCCAUGUCAAGGUAAAUUUAAAAAAUCUUUCUUAACAUUUUUGUACAAAUAUCUCAACUUCUCCCUUCCAGUACACCAACAACAACUCGUACAACUCGACGGCCCGGAGCAACAACAUAAUUUCCCGACCUCCGCUCCACCAAGCGGCUCUUCCAGCCCCAACUACCGUGUCCAACAACGUCAGUCCGCCUGGCUAUCAUGCCGUUCGACAGUAA